AUGCCAGCCCACAGACUAUUUGACUCCAAGCCGAUUGCGUCUCUCAUUUCCGCCAUGCCAGGCCACAGAACACAAGGCGACAUCGACGAGAACCAGGCCAAACAUGCCCUCGUCAGCUCUUGGUUUCUCGGCCCGCGUGCUGAGAACAUGGACGUCCUGCAGUCACUUUUCGGCCAAGUCCUCGAGCGCCAAAAGCAAGCCCGGGUCGAACUCGCAGAACAGGACCAGGACAUCUUCAUUACAGAGGAGAUGAAAGCAUUAGAUAUUUACCAGCAAAGCAUUCAUAGGCUCGCCGAUAACUCGAAGGAACUGUCGGAUAAGCUGGCGGAGCAUUCCGUGCCAUUCUGGUCGCCACGGUACAAUGGGCAUAUGAACAUGGAUACCACGCUGGCGAGCAUUAUUGGGUACAUGUCGACCAUGAUGUACAAUCCCAACAAUGUCGCCACUGAGGCAAGCCCAAUCACAACCGAAAUCGAGCGGCAGGUCGGUGAGCAGCUUUGCGAGAUGCUGGGAUACAAUGGCUUGAACGAAGAUCCCGCUCCCUGGGGGCAUAUAACAUGCGAUGGGUCCGUAGCCAAUCUCGAGGCCAUUUGGGCAACGCGAAACCUCAAGUUCUACCCAUUCUCCCUCAAGCUCGCCAUUGAGAAAGGCCCACUCAAGUUUCUCAGCACCAUUAAGCCGCCCUUCAUCGUCGAAACAUGCAACGCAGGACCAAAAGAAUUUCUAAAACUCACCAAGGAGGAGCUCUUGAAUCUAACACCCCCCACGGUGCUUUCGAUUCCCACACUGCUGGGUGAGAAGUACUCCAUCAGCUCGGGCUUCCUGCAGGACGCGCUUAAGCCGUACCUAGUCCAGACGAUGGGCAAGGGCGAGUUGGAGAGCAUGUUCGACAUCAACAAGGGAAAGUACAUGAUCUGUGCGACAAAGCACUACUCUUGGCCCAAGGGCGGAGACUCUCAAAAAGCCAUCUCGGGCAUCGGCUCUGAGGGCUUCGUCGACAUCGACGUCGACAAUGAGGUCCGGAUGAACGCGAAUGACCUCAGGAAAAAGAUUGACAAGUGCAUCGAAAAUGAGAUCCCCAUCUUCGGCGUCGUCGCCAUCAUGGGCUCCACGGAGCACGGAGCGUGCGACCCUCUCGCCGAGAUCAUCAAGAUGCGCGAGGAGUACCAAAGAGAAAAAGGUGUGUCAUUCGCAGUCCACUGUGAUGCCGCGUGGGGUGGCUACUUUGCCUCGCUGCUGAGGCCGCUCAAGCGCCGCGUUCCGGGCUUCAUCCCAUACGUGCCGGCAAUGCCCCUGAAUCCAUACACCGAGACGCAGCUGCAGCACCUAAAGGACGCGGAUAGCAUCACGAUCGAUCCGCACAAAUCGGGAUACAUCAACUACCCUGCUGGCGGACUCUGCUACCGAGAUGGGCGCAUGCGGUAUCUCCUCACCUGGACGAGUCCCUACGUGUUCCACGAGGGCGACGAACAGGGCAGUAUCGGCGUCUAUGGCGUUGAGGGAAGCAAGCCCGGUGCAUCCGCCGUCGCUACCUGGCUUGCCCACGAGUCGCUGGGCCUGAACCAGGACGGAUAUGGCAGGCUGCUUGGCGAGGCCAUUUUCUCGUGCACAAAGCUCUAUUGCCACUGGGCCACAAUGACACCGAGGCCCAAGGAUAAGCUUGAGCACAGAGUGCCCGCUGAUAGCCUCAUCGUUGCGCCUAUCAUAAGUCUCCCUUCGGAGAGGACAUCAGGCGGGGAUGUCGAGGCUCAGAAAGACUACAUCCGAAAAGAGAUCCUCGGUCGUGACAACAAGACACUGUAUGAGGACAAAAAGGCCUGGAAGCUGCUGUGUGAGCUGGGAGGCGAUCUCAUGAUCAACGCCUUUGCGACCAACUUCAAGAUCGGUGACGAGGUGAAUCAGGAUGUGGGCGAAGCCAACUACCUCAACCAAUGGAUCUUUUCCAAGCUCUCCGUCUUGUCCGUGAAGGACGUGGUCAAAGAGCGGCCACUCUUCCUCACAGGCUCCGAGUUCGGCGAGAAGCCGUACGGCAAGUGUCUCGAGACCUUCAAGUUCCGCCUGGGACUCAAAACAACCGACAAAGAAGGCAACGUCAAGGCCUCGCGAGGCGACCUGCGCUUCCUUUCCAACGUGACUAUGAGCCCGUGGCCGACUAGCCCCGACUUCCUAAGCACCAUGGUGGAGGACUUCCGCAAGGUGGCCGAGCGCGGCGUCGAGCGCUGCCUCAUCCGCAACACGCGGACCCCCGACUUCCACGGUUUCGUCGUGCAGGGCUUGAAGAAGGUAUACUUCACCCACAUCGCCCUGUUCAACAUGGCCAACUACCGCAAGCAGCUCAUCAUUGCGGCCGACCUCCCGGCGAACGUGCACGCGCGGUACACGGAGGAGCGCGGCAAGAAUCCUGGCCAGUUCUAUACCAUCGCCAACAUGGAGAAGAAGAAACUCGAGGACCUGAUUGCGGGCCUGCUCAAUCCCGAUACCGCGUCCAAGCUCAAGUUCCGACUUGACAAGGGCUUCCCCGCGGGCGAGAAUUCCGCGCUGCCGGUAGAGAAAGAUUUCGCGCUCAGCAAUGUGCGGGUGGUGGUUGAUGAGUCAAUGUCGUUUGCCGCGCUGGAUGAUGACUACCCUGCCAAGAUGCCCUUUUACCUCUACGGCAGCAAGAGUGAGGUACACGUGGACCAUGUUCUUAAGAAGGCGCCGAACGCGCAGAUUAGCGCUGAUCUGGUCAAGACGGAUCUGAGUGCGCACCUGACCGAUGAACAGCUCAAGAAUGGAGUGGUUGUCGUGAUGGAUGAUGUAUUCGAAGCCAGCUUGCAGCCCCUGCCGACGACAGUACAAGAUUCGGAGAAGAAGAAGCAAAUCCCCAAUCUCAAUGCCCCAGGCUUGUCCCUGGUGAAGGGGGUUGACCAUAAGGCGUCUGUGUACAAGACGUACGAGGAGGCGAAGAGAGGAGAGGGUGAACCCAUUGCCACGGGAAUCAUCAGCAUCGGCGACACCGUCUAUGCUGACUGGCAUGUUAUCAACAUGGAUCCUGCUGCUGAGAAUGAGGAACAGCAACACUAA